ACAAGCGAGUGAACGUGUUUUUGUGAAUGAAUUUUUAUCUGCGACGCGUUAACCCGAUGUUUAUUUCCGAGUUGUUGCUUAACCACAUAUAUGCGUGAUCUAUCAAUGAGAAUGGAUUAUCAAUUGCCACCGCAAUCAUUACAGCUGGGCUCGCUGAUGAAUGGCCCAUUGGCUGCAGCGGCUGUGGCCCAACACAAUGGAGCUCAAUUGCAGAUAUUGCAAUUGAAUCAGCAGCAUCAUCAACAACAGCAGCAGCAGCAACAACAACAGUUACAGCAGCAACACAACAACAACAAUAAUGGAUCUACACAACCCUUACCCUCUCUGAGUUCUUUACCUCUACAAGUAAUGCAUAACUUACCCCAUUUAUUGGCUGGCGGUAAUGCUGUUGCUAGUGGUGGCAACAGCGGGAAUUCAUUACAUGCCAACAACAGUAACAAUAACCUACCAGCCAAUAAUCACACUAACAACAACAAUGUUGCAACUCACACAUUGCUGCGUAAUACCAUGCAACAUGUUGCCAAUGCCAAUCAGCAAUUGCAACAAACGAUAAAUAAUCUCAGCAAUAAUUUGGUCUCAUCACUGCCACCGAGUAGUCAAUUGUUGCAGCAUCAUUUGCAGCAUUUGGCCAAUGUUAAUAAUGCUGUUGUCCAGUUGAAUGGAGGUGGUGGUGGUGUCAACGGCAACAACAGUAGCAGCAACAGUUCAUCACCUUUAAGUAAUAGCAGUAAUAACAGUGGCAUGAACAAUAACAAUAUGCUAUUAAAUAGCAAUGGCAACAACAGCACCAACAACACCUCGAACCCCAACAACAACAACACCAACAGCAAUAAUAGCUUAGCCCAGCAUCUGAGUGAUAAUGUUGUAGCCCAUAAUUUGGUCAAUGGUUUAGUGGGUGUUUUAAGCAAUGUUCAAAAUCAGAAUGGUAAUUUAGCCAGCAGCAACAACAACAACAGCAAUAAUGUGAAUAAUCUCAACAACAGCAAUAAUGUGAAUGCCAAUAACAACAACAAUAAUAAUACAAAUACUCCCAAUUUGGAGGACAAUAAUCGCUGGACACAAUUUCAAGUUCAACAGUUGUGGAAACAGCAUGCCUCAUAUUUAAAUGGUAUGGAA